CCAUUAGUAGUAUAUCCCGUGAGAGUAAAGUAAGCGUCCGAUUCCAGCAUCCGAAUCAGCAGUUAUGGAACGAAGGUUCGGUCACAGACUGGUUUUCAUUUAUUGUUGUUAAGACAAAUCAGACAUUAUAAAUACCCUGAAAUAAACCAGUUAUGUAAACUAUCAACACAGUAGUCAGAUCUUGACAAGUGUCCUCGAACAACAUCCACGUGUUUGAGACGUCUCGGUCUGCUUUGGUAUCUCAAGCUGUAGCUGUAGUAUCCUCUCCAGACUCUCAAGUCUAAUUGUGGUUAUUACCGUCAUCCAAUGGGAGUUUGGGUUAACAGAUAAAAGAAAAAUUGGUUGAAAAUUCAGCAGGAACAGUGGGAACCGAAUUACUACGAAGUGACUACACUGAAAAUGGAAACAUAAGACAAAUAGUAAAUAAGGCUGUUUUAGAAAAGUGGAGAUAAACGUGAAAAAGCAUGUUUUUCUUAUGAUUACUAGACAAAAUCACUACAUUGGUAAUUGGGUUUAUAAGGUGGCAGGUGUCGUAAUGAACCGUGUUCAGACAGAUCCAAGAGCAGACGCCAGAAACCAGUUGUCCUUUGGUUAGAGCAGGAAAAGCAGAGAGUUAUUAUCAUGAUCAUUAUGAAUGACAGAAAGAAUGAGCUGAAGUUUGAUUAGACCAUGUUGUUUAAAAGUAUUAUAAAUAAUGACAUACAGUAGCUUACUAAUUUCUGUGCCACAGUUAGAAGCACUGCCUGAAGAUUCUCGUGGAUUAACGAAACUGUUGUGGAGUUGGACCUUAAAAGUCGACUAGUAAUAAUGAAUGAAUGGCAUUUACAAGAAACUUAUCUAAUGGAACUAUCUAAUGCAGUGUUUCUUAUUAAACUGGGGCGAAGGUCAAGACACGCCCCCGACUCAUGUGAUUCGGGAUGACACGCCCUGCUUGAUGAUCAUUGGCUGCAGACGUCCCGUUACAUUGCUGCAGAGAAUUUGCCGCCAUUGUUGCCAGACAUACAAUAAUUACCGUAUUUAUACUAUAUAACAAAAGAAUACUCAUAGCUGGUUAACCCCCCCCCCCCUCGAUUGGUUAGUUGACCUGCUCGUAUUUGUUUGCACUAGUGUUUUUACGAUACCCACAUUUGGGUACCAUUACAGAUACCAACAAGCAUUACAAUGCUUAUCGAUACUUUUGGAUAGUUUUUUAGAUUAAAAAGAGAACGCAAAAAAUGUCAUUACUGACUUAUUUUACUUUAAGUUUAGAACAACAUUUUAGAACAACAUAACAGAUCAAAAUAAAAUUCAGAUAGUAGGCUUUUCUUAUUGCACAACGGUCAGUGUGAAUAAAUAAAUCUUAUUUAUACUGUAUCCAGACGUGGGUGCCUGUAACAUGGCAGAGUCAAGUAUCCAGUUAAAUGUCUCUGUAGAACUUCCCGGUGCGCUUAAUGUUUUCUCGGUAAGUUGACACAACCUUGGGGGUUAGGGGUGUGUCGCAAGCUAAGUUGAUCGCCACACCCCUUUGAGGAAGCGCAUAGCCGUGAUCCGCCGCGGGGAUCAAAAGUCACGGUCACUGAAUCCACUGUAACAGCGAAACUGGCUACCUCGUCUUUGUAGUGCACUUCAACCACAUGUUUGAUCCAAAAUCUGACGCUGCAGUCGAAUGGGAGGCUGUUGAAGUGGUUACACUUCGACUGGCGCAAGGUACGUCUAACUAACAAUUUCACAUUUAAUUUAAUUUAAUUUAUUGAUUUAUAUAAUACGCAACUUGAUUAGCGGCUGCUAACGCUAAUACUGAUGGUUGCCAAUAAGCAGCCUGAAUUAAUUAACAGAAUAUUCAUAACACAACUACAGCCUGUUUGGGAGCAUAGCUCGAUAAACUAAUAUAAAGUCAUUUUUACAUGUUAACAUGUUUUUUUUCUUUUUCGUGCUGCUGCUGUGUCAAAAUAAUUUCUCCAUAAUGGGGUCUUCAGCUGUAGCUUAUAUUUUGCCGUAUUUCCCUGUAAUUAGGCGGCAAUGUGACAGCAUGGGCAUGGCGUGACAGCAACUGUUGUCAAGAUAUUGCAUGUGUUUAAUACUUUUAUUAAUUGGACAUAGUAUUUAAAAUUAAAAUUUCGAUAAAUCUUACCUCAAGAUGCCUGAACCAAUUGCAUGUAUGGUUGAUGAUCCAGGACUGGAGAGAGUAUGAUUGAAUGUGUAUUCGUUACAGAACACAUUUAAUAUACAGUAUAUCAGACAAUUACACAUGCAUGGAAUAAAUCAGUAUCUCAGAAAUUCAUAAGAAAUUUUAGAACAUUUUACUAUUUACAGAUUAAGCAUAACGUACCUGGGAAUCUUUGGUUUACAAACAUAAUUUUGGUUCUAAAUACAUAUUGAUCUAAUAUUUUAAAUUGCUUUUAGUAAGGUGUAUGAUAUAUCAAGUGCUAAUAUGUAACUAAUAGAAAUGUAGUUAUUGUUUUUUUUCUUAAAUUUCACAGUACAAUGUCUGUGUGUAUCUCAAGUCAUUGCAGGUACUGUAUCUAGCCUAGAGGAGUCUUGUCAGCUGGUGCUGGGGACUUCUAGGGUGAAGAGUCCAAGUUGUAAUCCCAUCUUCCCUGGUCUUGUGGAUCGGGGCAGUGUUUCCUGAGGGACCAUGCACCUAUGUUGGACUUAGACCACCUGUGAAAUACCUAAAUUAUUGUUUUUCGUGGCAAUAGCUCAAUAAAAGCUGAAAUAUUAUAAAACAUUUGUCUGUUUUCCCUCAAAAAAUAGUUCAGUGAAACAGCAAUAGACAAAGCCAUCUUUAUUGUCAACUACAACACUAUAAUGCUGGAUAAGUUACCUUCACAGUUCAAUGUGCAGACCACGUAAUGAAUGGGUAGGAUCCAUAGCUAUGUUGAAAGCAUAGUUUCUGGAGUGGAACAGGCACGGUCAUGGGCAGUUGGCUGGGGAGAUGUGAGCAUCUUUUUUGUCUUCAUCACGUUUUGGAAGAAAUCGGAAGCAGUGCAGCUGCUGUACAGAUGGAGGAUGCAGCUGUUUUCUUUGACACCGCUCUAGAUGGUAUAGAGAACAGAAUAGUAGAUUAAUGAAAUGUCCAGUAUUUCCUAUGUUUCUCACAACCUUCACAAAUGUAAACAAUAGAUAGAGGUAGUUAGAUCAGUUGUAAUGGUGUUUGGAGCAAACACAUUUUCAACUUAGCUUUUAUAGUGCUGGUUUGUUAAAUCUUGGCAUGGCAUUAAUGACCUCCUUUCUGUCAGGUUGCUCAAAUUCUGCUCAGAGGGCCGGUGGGACAGGGAUGUUAAUAAGGUCCUCCAUAUAACGACCUGGGUCCAGCAGGACUUUAUUGAAGAUGGUCUCCAUCAGCUUUUCCACAUAAUCUUGAAUAACAAAUACCCAUAAACAGACUUAAAAAUCAAAAUAAGUUGACCAACUGCAUACAGAGUAAAUAUAUAGACAAUAAUAUAGAUCAGAUUAUGAAUACUUCAACUACAACUACUGAAAUGUGAAAUCAAAAAUCUCUGUCAAAUAAAACUACUUAUUGGCCAACAAAUGAUCAUACUGCUGUUAAAUGUGCAUACCUUUGCUCCUGAGGUGAGCAACAACUCUUCUACAAAGUAGCCGUGUGUCCACAGCCUGCAGUGGAGUCAGUUUGAGAAGCAACCUCCUUGCGUUUCUGUAGCUGGGAUGCGUCAGCCUGUAUAAAAAAAAAAACAAUGUCAUAUUUACAGUUAGUUGACUAGAUAAGCAACACUUACGAGGGGACUGCAACAACAUAUAUGUUAGACUUUAAUAGAAGUUGCCAUUACCCAAUUUCACAGGUUGACUUAGGUUACGAUAUACACACGACAGGCCCGGUAGUAAUUAGAAACACAGCUGACUCUCACAACUAACUAUCGCAGCCAAACCCAAGUUGUACUAAACGUCAUGUGGACGCUAGCCGCUAACGCUAGCCACUAACGCUGAGCUACCAUUGCGCUAGCAGCUAACAUGACGCUAGCAGACACAAUUCGAACCGGACAAAUACUGGAGAAGCUUGGACUCAUCCAAAUUGCGUGGCAGCACCUUGCAACACGGUCUCUCUCUAGCUGUAGCUGUUAGCAUCAACUGUUCUAGCAAUUACCUUGAAGUGACCUUCAACCUCAUGCCCAGUAAUAAAUUUACCCUCGCUUUCAAAGCAGACGGAGGGGAAAUAGUGUCCACACACGAAGAAGCAUUUAGGCAGCAGUGCCGGCACCGGUCCAUUUACAAGUAAAUUAAUACAUAAUGUUCUUCAGGAGUGGCCCCCUCACUCCUUCUAUGACUCUGUAGUGGCAUCAGCCAUCCUGUACGGUGUGGUCUGCUGGGGCAGCAGCAUCACAGUGAGGGACAGGAAAAGACUGGACAGGAUCAUCAAGAAGUCCAGCUCUGUCCUGGGCUGCACUCUGGACACGGUGCAGGAGGUGGGUGAGAGAAGGGUUCUGGCUAAACUGACAUCCAUCAUGGACCAGGUCUCUCACCCACUGGAGGACUCACUGUCUGCUCUGGAGAGCAGCUUCAGUAGCAGACUGAUCCACCCUCGCUGUGUGAAGGAGAGAUAUCGUAGAUCCUUCCUACCUGCUGCUGUCAGACUGUACAAUCAGAACUGUUGACCACAUUCCACCACAGUCACUCACCCACUGCAUCAGUGGUUUAUAUAGCAACCUGCUCUGCACAAUAUUUGUGUAAAUCUGUGAACAAUCAUGUAUAUUGUUACCGGUACAAAUCUUAUACCCAUUACUGUGCAAUAACCCUGCAAUGACCUCAUGCUCACUCUAACUGUACUGUACUGCUUUGUACUGUGCCAACACAAACUGUUCUGUACCUGUAUUCUUGCUCAUCUGUACUGCUGUUGUGAGAGGUAAUUUCCCCACUGCGGGACUAUUAAAGGUUUUCUUAUUCUUAUUCUUAUUUUUAUUCUUUCUUGCUCCGCUGGUAAAAUGAAAAGGCUGUGAUGCUGGUUGGAACAACGGAGCACUUUCUGAACCCUAAUGGCCCCGUGUCAAUUCGUGUCACACAGAUGUGUUUCUGUCACCAUGAUGCUGCUGCCUAGAGCCAGGGAGCCCUCGUUUUUCCUCCUGCUGCUUUGCUGUUACUGCAUUGCCUGUGGUUUUGGCCACAAGACAAACUCUGCUCUCACUGUGGUUGACAACAUAGAAGGAUCAAUUAACUAUGAUGACACAGCAGUAGAUGAAGAUGAUGUUGAGGUGAUCCAACCCACUCAGCAGUGGCAAACACUCAAACCAGGCCAGGCAGUGCCAACAGGUUCCCAUGUGAGACUGAAUCUGCAGACAGGUCAGAGGGAGGUCCAACUUGGAGAAGAGCAGCUUAAAUACUGGACCCAGAAACACAAAAAGAGCGAAGGGAUCCAGUCCAUCAGUCCUGAUGAAAUGAAACAUGCUAUGAAGAAGAUAAAGGAGGACUUUAAAUCGGCGGACAAAAACACAGAGGCCCAGGACUCUGUGACCUCUAAGUAUCGCCCCCUAGACGAAUUAAAGAGGGACAUGGCUCAGUUGGACCUGCUGGUGGAGACGGAUGUUCAGAUAAUGAAACGACUGCUGGAGCAGUUCAACAGCAGCUCGACCACAGAGGAGAGACUCAGUAUCCUGUUGGAGCUUGAGUAUUUGGUGCACCAGGUGGACAAUGCUCAGACUCUGUGCUCAAUGGGGGGUCUCCAGUUCAUUCUAGAAGGUUUAAACAGCACAGACAUCAGAAUACAGGAAACAUCAGCCCUUGUGCUGGGAUCUGCCUUGGCUAGUAACCCGGUGGUCCAGGUUAAAGCUGUGGAGGAUGGUGCUCUGCAGACGUUGUUAACUGGACUGGCUACGGCAGAACCACUACGGGUCAAAAAGAAGGUCCUAUUCGCAGUGGCUUGUCUACUACGACACUUCCCCUAUGCCCAGAGCUACUUCCUGUCACACGGUGGACUCCAGGUGCUGUCAGAACUGUUCAAGGCAGAUGCAGGAGGAAUUUUAAGAACGCGCAUUGUCACCAUGUUGUACGACAUGAUCAGUGAGAAGGAGCUGAUCUCUCAGGCAGGCCUGGAUCCAGUUCUGGAAGCCUCCCACAAUGAGCGAUUGCAACAGUACUCGAAGGUGUCCCUUCAGGGGGAGCUGCUGGAAAAAGGCUGGUGCACUCUGGUACCACAGUUGCUGGAGUCUAGUGAGCAUGACUACAGAGAGAAGGCUCUGAGAGCUCUGUUGGCGAUGGCACCAGUGUGUCGGGACGAGUACCGCUCAGAUGGUUCCCUGCUGGACACUCUGCUCCAACUUAGAGAGCAAUAUGACGAAAUGGUGCAGUCAGAAAUGAUUGUGGGAGAGGAGAACAGCUACUUUGCACAGAUUUUACAACUUAUAUGUGCACUACAAGUUAAAAUAAAAUGACCACAACGUUUUCCA